GUGUCCAGGCCUGGGAGCCUGCUCGCCAUGGACACUGCCGGGCGCAGCGGGUGGGACGGCGGGCUCCUCGAGGUCCCCGGAGGGCACUGCGGACGCUGGGGGCGGCGACUCCCCUUCCUGGCCCUGGCUCUCCUGGUCACCACAGUCCUGUGGGUCCUCAUCCUGAGUGUCCUACUUUCCAAGGCCUCCUCGCAGCACGGGGAGUUGCUCGGGCAACAGGACCUGCUGACAGCAAACGCCUCGAAGCAGGCGGUGGUGCUGGGCGCCUUGAAGGAAGAGCUCGGAGACUGCAAGAGCUGCUGCGGGAGCUCGCAGACGCAGCUGAAGACCGCGCGCACGGAGCUCGCCCAGGCGCAGGUGAAGCUGAUCCAGCAGGAGAGCGCCUUGCAAGAACUGAGCGAGCGCGUGACCCAGAGCUUGGCUCAAGCGGGAAGGGACCGCGAGGACAUCCGCAGUGAGCUGUUCCGGGCGUUGGAGGCCGUCCGCCUCGGAAACGAGUCCUGCGAGCAGUGCCCCGCGUCGUGGCUGCCCUUCCAGGGUUCCUGCUACCUUUUCUCGGUGCAGCGGGCCCGAUGGGAAGAGGCGCAGCAAAACUGCGCGGGCGCGGGUGCGCACCUGGUGAUUGUCGGGAACCUGGAGGAGCAGGGCUUCCUCGCUCGUAACACGCGAGGCCGCGGUUACUGGCUGGGCCUGAGGGCCGUGCGCCGCGCGAGCAAGAUCCAGGGCUAUCAGUGGGUGGACGGAGUCCCGCUCAGCUUCAGCCACUGGAACGUGGGCGAGCCCAAUGAUUCGAUGGGGCGCGAGGACUGCAUCAUGAUGCUCCGCACCGGGUUAUGGAACGACGCCCCGUGUGACAGUGAGAGGGACAGCUGGAUCUGCGAGAAGAGGCUCAGCUGCUGA